UCAAAUUAAUACUAUUAGUAUAAAAGAUAUUGAAAAAACUAUUAAUCAAAAUAUGGAGGGUAUUAAGAAAACUAUUAGUCAAAGUAAUGAUAAUAUUGAACAAAAUAAUAUAGAAAGUCAAAGUAAUGAUAAUAUUGAACAAAAAGAAUUAGAAAAAGAAUUAGAAGAAUUAGAAGAAAAUAAAUUAGAAGAAUUAGAAAGAGAAUUAGAAGAAUUAGAGGAAGAAGAAGAAUUAGAAGAAUUGGAAAGAGAAUUAGAAGAAUUAGAGAAAGAAGAAUUAGAAAAUGAAGAACUAAAAA